GCGCCCGCGCACAUGCCCACAAGUGACGGUUCCGCUCGCUUCCUUUCCUUCUAGAAGGAGCGUGGUGAAGAUGGCGGCGCAAAACUCAACACCGAGUGAUCUUUACAGAUGCGUGUAUACGUUUCUGCUGGAGAACAAGUUCACCAAGGCGGCCCAGCAGUUCAUGAAGCAGACUAAAGUGACUCCACAAGAUCCAAAUGAAGAAAGCCUUCAAAGCAUCUUCAACUUCUGGGUGAAGUCUCCUGAAGCUAAGAAACGAAAAGUGCCGCCCAGUAAGGCUGAAGCAACAAAUGGUCCAGCAGCCAAGAAAGCAAAGACCAGUGCUGAGAGUUCCAGCAGCGAAGAGUCGAGCAGUGAGGAUGAGGAAGCUGCUGCAAAACCAACUAAGGCAGCCCCUGCAGCAGCCAAGGUAGUGCCUGCUAAAGCAGCAGCAGCUGCUGCUAAAGCUGCAUCCAGCAGCAGUGAAGACUCCAGUGACUCAGAGGAGGAGAAGGCACCUGCAAAAGCCCCUGCAAAGGCUCCUGCAAAGCCCCCUGCUGCUCCUGCUGCAAGGAAGAAAGACAGCAGCUCAAGCAGUGAAGAAUCUGACUCUGAGGAUGAGGCACCCACCAAAGCCCCUGCACAAAAACCCAAGGCAGCUGCAGCACCCAAAGCAGCCGUUCCUGCUAAGGGGGCAGCUCAGAAGAAGCAGGAGAGCAGCAGUGAAGAUAGUUCCUCAGAUUCUGAAGAUGAAGAACCAGCCAAGGCUCCAGUCAAACCCGCCCCAGUCAAACCCACCCAAGUAAAGCCUGCAGCUGCUCCUGCUGCUGAAUCUAGCAGUGAAGACUCAUCAUCAGAAGAGGAGGCUCCACCCAGCAAAAAACCCAAACCAGGAGCGUACAGUGCUGUCCCACCUCCUGCUUCAGUCCAGAAGACUCCAGCUGCACCAGCAGCCAGUAAGGCCAAGAAAACCGAGUCCUCAGACAGCAGUGAUGACAGCAGUGACGAGGAAGAAGAGAAGAAAGCAGCUGCAAAACCUGCCCCAGUAAAGACCACUGCUGCCAAACCUGCUGCACCCAAACCCGCUGCAAAGAAGCAGGAAUCCAGCUCUGAUAGCUCAGAUUCAAGCUCAGACGAAGAGGAGGCAAAGAAGCCUGCUGCUAAAGUCACCCCAGCUAAAGCAGCUCCAGUUAAACCCGCCCCAGCCAAGGCUACACCUGCUAAAGAGGAAGACUCGGACUCAUCAAGUUCAGAGGAUGAAGAGGAGGUGAAAAAACCUGCAGUAAAGGUGACUCCUGCUAAGGCCCCCCCAGCAAAACCUAUUGCAGCUAAAGCCACACCUGCUAAAGAAGACUCCUCAGAAGAGGAUUCCAGUUCAGAUGAGGAGGAGGCUGCGAAGAAGCCUGCAGCUAAACCUGCAGCCAAACCUGCAGCCGCAAAGACUACUCCAGCUAAAAAAGACGAGUCCUCUAGCUCAGAUUCAGAUAGCAGUUCCGAAGAUGAGGCUCCAGCAAAACCUGCCACCAAAACUUCAGCCACACCAACACCAUCCAAACCCGCAGCCAAGAAAGCAGAGAGCAGCUCUGACUCAGAUGACUCCUCUGAGGAGGAAGAGCCAGUGAAAGCCAAGCCAGCAGUUAAACCGGCUACCCCUGCUUCCAAGCCUGCUACCCCAGCUGCAAAGACUCCUGCAGCAGCAGAGAGCAGCUCAGACUCUGACUCUUCCUCUGAAGAGGAAGAACCAGCUAAGGCUAAACCAACAGCAGUUAAGCCAGCUUCAAAGCCUGCCACCCCUGUAGCAAAGCCUGCUGCUGCAAAGCCUGCUGCAGCAGAGAGCAGCUCAGACUCUGACUCCUCUUCUGAAGAUGAAGAACCAGCCAAGGCUAAACCAACAGCAGCUAAGCCAGCUUCAAAGCCUGCAACCCCUGUAGCAAAGCCUGCUGCUGCAGCAGAGAGCAGUUCUGACUCUGACUCCUCCUCAGAUGAGGAUGAACCAGUGAAAGCCAAGCCAGCAGCUACACCUAAACCAGCUACUCCAGCCACAAAGCCUGCUGCUGCUAAACCUGCUGCAAAGCCUGCUGCUGCAGCAGAGAGCAGCUCUGACUCGGACUCCUCUGAAGAUGAGGAAGAAGCAGCUAAGCCUAAACCAACAGCAGCUAAACCAGCUACGCCCGCCUCAAAGCCUGCCACUCCUGCCUCAAAGCCUGCUGCUGCAGCUGAGAGCAGCUCUGAUGACAGUUCAGACUCCGAGGAUGAGGCAGCAAAACCUGCAGUCAAGAAACCAGCUCCAGCAGCAGCGGCUAAGAAACCUGCUCCUGCUGUCACCAAGGCCCCUGCAGAAUCCAGUGAUGACAGCUCCAGCGAAGAAGAAGAGGAGGAACCCAAGAAGGCAGUGCCAGCACUCAAGCCAGCGGCCACAAAGGCAGCUGCAGCUCCAGCAAAGAAGGCUGAGGAAAGCAGCUCAGACUCCUCCGACAGCUCAGAUUCAGAGACUGAGACCAAGUCCACCCCUGCUAAGCCUGCAGUCACCAACGGCAAGGCCGCAACACCUAAGGCUGCCACCCCAGCAGCCAAGGCCCCUGCAAAGCCAGCAGAGUCCUCAUCCAGUGACAGCAGCUCCGAGGAGGAAGAAGAGGCCAGUAAAAGUACUGUAAAACCUGCUGCGUCAGCCAAGACGACCCCAGCAACUAAAGCUAAAGAGAGCAGCAGCUCAUCAGACAGUUCAUCAGAUGAGGAGGAUGCACCACCUAAAGCAGCAACAGCACCCACUACACCCUUAACAAAUGGUAAUGGAAAGAGAAAAAGAGAUGAGGAAUCCUCAGAAAGUGAAGAUGAGGAGACAGAAGUAAAGACACCAAAAAAUAAGAAAGUAACAACCACACCACAGACAUUUCCCAAAGCUAACAAGAAGUCUUCCAACGUUCCGUUUCGUAGAAUAAGAGAGGAAGAGGUAGCUGUGGAUCCCCGUCUUGCUGAUAACUCUUUUGAUGCCAAGUAUGGAGCCACGGGGGACUGGGGCGAGAAGGCUAACGAUGUGCUCAGGUUCACAAAAGGCAAGUCAUUCCGCCAUGAAAAGACGAAGAAGAAGAGGGGAAGCUACCGCGGCGGAGCUAUUUCCACCUCGGUUAACUCCAUUAAGUUUGACAGUGAUUGAGGACCUUCUCACCUUCACAUGAACUGUACUCUACCUGUUUGAUCGGAACUAUAAGUUGUCUGCUUUCUCCCCCUGUAAACGGUCACUCUAUCACCACCACUCAGCAGCAGCAGCACACUGACGGAGGAAUGUGAUCCGCAGAGCUGAGCUGGCACUUAAAUUUAGCUAGCUGCCCUGAGACCAUUCGUUUUGAUCUCUGAUCUGAAGCCUCAGUCAGUGGAGCUGUGGCAGCAGGAGAGAGAUGCUCCUAGCUGACUUCAGACUGCUAACGAUUGACAUCCAUUAUUACCACUUAUAGCCACUAGGUGGCUGCAGGCCUCCUGCGAAUGGUAAAAAGCCAGCAUGUAUGUGUUGGGCCCCCUUCCUGCUCAUUCUGACCUUAACCUGUUCUUUCUUCUCAGAUGACAAAUGUCGUGUAAUUUCUUUGAAACACAUUUUUCAUUUCUGUGUGAAUUCUAGCUUUCCCUCCUAACAGGUUCUUGAUUAUUUGUUAAGAAAAGACUGAUUUUUAAUGGAUCACGUGGGUUCUUGAAGUUUGUUUGGUUGUUUGUCAAUUUUUAUUUGGCCAUAUUUGAAUGUGUAGAGGGUGUUUUCUGGGGUUUUUUGUCUUUACAUUACAUGAGCAUUUGGAGAGUAGAACUGAGUUUUAUACUGAGUAUUUAUUAAGUUUUAUUCCAUUUCAACUGUUAGGACCUUUUUCUUUGGAGCCAUCUCAAGAUAUGUCUGUUUUCUCCCUCUGUUGGAUACCCCCGUCAUACCCUCUAAUCCAUUAAUCAUUGGUAUGAAAUGUACUGUUCACCAACAGGACUGAGAGCCAUGUUUCUUUCAAUUUGUUGAAUUUACUGUAUAACCUUUUGUGUACCUGUUUCUUUUAUUGUCGGUUCUUGUAGCGGUAAUUAAAGACCUAACAGAUCAAAUGUU